CAAAAUCGUUAAAAAUGGAUAAUGAAUAAAUGUGUAAGAAUCACCCAAAAUAAACUUUAAGUUGGAUUUGUUUAGAGAAAAAUUGUUAAUAAAGGGUAAUGUGUUCAACUUGUGCAGUAAAAUUACAUGAUAGAAGUCAUAAAUUAGAGGAAUUAUAAAAUAUAUAUGAGAAUGGAUGUUUAGCAACUUAUUUUAGUAAUAAAAAGAAUUCAUCAGUUGGUUUAUAAUAAUUGAUAAAUGGAGAAUAAGAGAAUAUUUUUUAGAAUGAGCAAUAUGAUGAUUACUUAUAAGAAGGUAUUGAAAGAUGUUUAAGAAAUGUUUCAAAAAAGAUUGAAGAAACAAAAGGAUAAUUAAUAGAGAAACAUGAGAAAUUGAGAGAAGAUAAGGAGAAUGAGAGAAUAGAGUUUAUAUCUCAAUUAAGUGAAGUUGAUGAGAGAUUGAAGACAUCAUAAAAUUUGAAUAUGGAUAUAGAGAAUGCCUUUUAAUAGAUAGAAUCAUUUGCAUAAAAGAGAGAAUUAGAGAUGGCAAAUAAUAAGGAAAGUUUAAUACUUUUAAGAAAAAUUCGUUUACUUGAAUUGAUGAGGGAUAAUUUCUUAAAGAUGAUAAAGUCUUAUUUUCAUAAUUAAUUUACAGCAGAAUUUUGUCAUUUAUUCGAUAUGUAAAUAGAAACAUUAAAUGCUAAAGAAGUAGAUGAUGUGUAAGGUUUUUUAGAAUAUGUGGAUUGUAAAUGGAAAUAAGAUUAUCGAAACAUCUAAUUAUCAAUUGAAAAAUUUGUAGGUCGUUUAAAUGAAGGUUUAAAAUAUUGUAUAGGAAUGCCAUUAGAGAAUCCAAAGAAAUAGUUAGUAGUAAGAUCUCCAAUGAGACAAUUCCCAAUAAAUAUCCAAACUCCAGCAUAUCAUCAAUUGACUUCUCCAAAACAAUUAGAAUUCACUAAAUCAUAGGUUAUAUAUGAAGAACCGAGUUAGAGAAAAAAUAUCAAAAUUGAACCCGUUAGUUAGAGCCUUUAAUAGUAUUAGUGAGAUAUGGC